GUUCUGUGCUGAAAUAGCAUCUGUAAUAGUAGAGUUAAUAGUAAAUAUUAGACUUACAGGUUACUCUAAAUUGUUCUGUACUGUACAGUUGAGGAUUUAAUGCAUAUGAUUGUUUGUUUCACAUUGAAAAUCCAUCUUUAGGAGAGAAAGGGCUGGAUUUGGUAGACAGUCAUGCAGAAUUACAGAAGAUAAAGAGGAAGAUCCAGGACAAAUUGGUGCUUGAUUUGCUAGUCAGGGCUUGUCCACCCCUGUUACUGAUUUUGAGUUGCAGCAAUGUCAAAUGCCAGAGUUGUCCACUGUGGUGUACCAAGAGCCUGUUGUUUUCGAUCUGAGUGAGCCUCCUAUCUUAGCUGUUGAUCAGCAAGGAGUAGUUUUUGAGAGUCAAUGUAGCAACUCUAGCACACCUCAUCCUGCUGGUGUUUGCACACAAGAAAGCAAGAAUGCAACAGCCAAGUUGAAAGCAGUUUUGGAAGAAGAAGAAGAGGGAUAUCAAGGAUUUGAGGCAUAUGAGGACAGUGAUGCUAAUGCCUCUGAUGAGGAUGCUCAAAUUGGAAAUGACCAUCAUUACAUGGGUGAUGAUGAAGAUGUAGAGGUGGAAGAGGGAAAGAGACAGAGAGAGCUAGAAGUACAAGAGGAAGAAUCAGAUGAUGAGCAAUCAGAAGAGGAAGAAAUGCUGCAUUAUGAGGGUGACACUGAAGUUGAGGAACCAUUUGAGGUAGAGGAAGAUAGGACUUUUGAAGAAGAAGAAGAAACUAUAGUUGAACCUGUGAAGAAGAAGCAUAAGCUACCAGUUAGAAGAGGACCAACAACUAGGUCACAUUCUAGUAAGCUACCAGAGGUUGAACCUGAUUUCAGACCAUCCUCAUCAGAUGAAGAAGAGAAGGGGUUGUUGAGGGAGAGUGAUGAUGAUGGUUUUGAGCCAGCCCCUUUUGUCCUACCAAAGAAAAGGAAGAGUAGGGCAAAGAAAAGGCCUGCUAGGAAGUGGUACAAUGAGAAAAUGGAGCAACCACAUGAGCAACUGUGUAUGAAGUUGUGUUUUAGGGAUCAGCAUCAAUUCAGAGAUGCUUUGUUGAAUUUGCACAUCACUCAAGCCAGGAAUUUUAAGUAUCACAGGAAUUCAGAUCAGAGGAUAAUUGUUCAGUGUCCAGAUAAACAAUGCCAGUUCUUUAUGGUGGCAGCAGUUAUAAAAGGGGAGAAAACCUUUGUAAUUAAGAAGAUGAGACUAGAGCACACUUGCCCUAGUACCACUGAGACCACCAGGGUUAGUGCUAAGUGGCUAGCACAGAAAUAUGAGCAUCUCUUCAGAUCUGAUAUAACUACUGGUAUUCAGACAAUAAUUGAUGCAUGCAUGGAAAAAUAUGGUGUAGAUGUGCCCAAGUGCAUGGCAUAUAGGGCAAAGAACAUAGCUAUUGAAGCUGUCUUAGGAGAUCACAAGAAGCAAUAUCCUAGGCUUAAAGACUAUGCUCAGACUGUCAUGGAUACAAACCCUGGGAGUAGAGUAAUAGUCACUACUGUUACUCCAGUACCAAAUGCAAAAAUACCCCACCCAGGCCCAAGAUUCCAUGCCAUGUUCUUUUGCCUGAAUGGAGCAAGGGAGGGGUUUCUCAAUGGGUGUAGGCCAUUCAUUGGUGUUGAUGGAUGCUUCAUUAAGCUCACUACAGGAGCUCAACUCCUUGCUGCCACUGGUAGAGAUGGCAACAACAACAUAUAUCCAUUGGCAUUUGGCAUAGUUGGAUAAGAGGACACACCUAGUUGGUGUUGGUUUCUACACCAACUGAAAAUUUGCCUAGGUGGAGAAGUGGGCAAGUUUGGA